CGCUUGUUCAUCCCAAGGCCAUACAGGCUGUGGUUUCUUCCACCGUCCAGCGAGGACAUCUUUCUCUCCUUAUAAACUCCUUCACGAACUCACGAAAUGGCGACGAUUGGCUCCGUAACUCGACAAAUUGCUGCUCUAGAACUCAACAAGAAACCCACGUCUUCUGCGGGACCCCCACUUCAUACGAAACAACCAAGUCAAACGAACGUAGCGAAAUUGCUCUCGAAAUAUGCGGCACCUUUACCUCCUUUAUCAACCCAGAAUACCCUCGCGAAACCUCAGAAGUCGACGCAGAAGAUGCGAGCCCCCACAACUGGCAGUAGCAACAGCAACAGAAAAGCAGCGACUUCCUCCUCCUCUCCAGCACCCGAGGCUACGCAGCCUGGAAUUGACAUUGGGAACUAUGAUGGUGGACUUGAAAUUGAUAACGAGAAACGUGGGGAGAAGGUCUCUGGAGAGGCUGCUACUGAGCUUGCGCUGGACUCUAGCAGUGCAAGGCAAUACCCUACCCGUGUAUGGACGUUACAUGACUUUGACAUGGGCCGUCCUUUGGGAAAGGGUAAAUUCGGUCGGGUCUACAUGGUACGAACGAAAGCGGAACCCAGAUACAUCCUUGCUUUGAAGACGCUCUAUAAAUCCGAGAUCGUUGCCGGAAGAGUUGAAAAACAGAUCCGAAGGGAAAUUGAAAUUCAACAGAACCUACGGCAUCCUAACGUACUCCGUCUAUAUGGUUACUUCCACGACGAGAAGCGUAUCUUCCUCAUGUUAGAGUUUGCCGGGAAGGGUGAACUUUAUAGGCAACUUGCCAAGUACGGCUGCUUCUCUGAAAAGAGGAGUGCGAGGUACAUCGACCAAAUGGCAGACGCGUUGAUGUAUCUGCAUUCAAAGCAUGUUAUACACAGGGAUAUCAAACCGGAGAACCUGUUGUUGGGUUUGAAUGGAGAGUUGAAAAUUGCUGACUUUGGAUGGAGUGUACAUGCUCCCGGAAACCGAAGACGGACGAUGUGCGGUACUCUUGACUAUCUCCCUCCUGAGAUGGUCGAGGGCAAAGAGCACGGUGAAAAAGUGGACUUGUGGGCAUUGGGAGUCCUCACCUACGAGUUUGUAGUAGGCAAUCCACCUUUUGAGGUACGGGGCCACGGUGGAGUUGACAGGACCUACACCCGAAUAGUCAAGGUUGACCUGAGGUUUCCGGCCGCAUUGUCCCCAGAUGUCAAGGAUGUGAUUGCCCGCCUUCUUCGUCAUGAACCUCAAGAUCGCCUCCCUCUCUCAAAGGUUCUGCAACAUCCCUGGAUAGUCAAAUACAGACCCAAGGAUUGCCUUCGAGGUCGUCAAGUAUACGAGUGAACUGAUGAGAGGUAUCUUUUUGCUGAUCUGUUGCGGAGGUUAUGCUUGUUCUGCGUUUCUUGCGACCCCCCCUUGUGUAGCCAUUGCGCAGUUAUAUAUAUGUGAAGGGGCAUAAAUAACCGUUUUUAUCCAGUGCUACCACCUUGUCUAUAUUAUACAUGCAAUUUUAAACUUCUACGACUGUUCCCUCUU